AUGGCAAUGUCGAAAAGAUCAUUCAAGAAAUUUGUUGUGGAAGAGAUGGGUGGAUUCCCACAAUUCUUGUUAUGGGCCAUUCUUGAAUGGAUACUAAUUGCAUCUCUUUUCGUCGAUGGGUUCCUUGCAUUUUUUUCAAGUACAUUUGCCAAAAUCUUCGAGUUGGAACCACCAUGUGUGCUUUGCACACGGGUGGAUCAUGCGCUCGUGGGUAAGAACCCAAAUACAUAUUAUAACGAAUCCAUAUGUGAAUGUCACAAAAAGGACAUAUCUUCCUUGGCUUAUUGUCAUGUACAUAGAAAACUCUCUGAUAUUCAAAAUAUGUGUGAGGGUUGUCUUCUUUCGUUUGCAACGGAAAAAGAAUCUGAUACCAACACUAACAAAUCCCUUUUAAAAAACAUGCAAAAGAAAAAAGAUGAAUUGAAAGAAGAAGAUGAUAAGAAGAUGGUUAUCAAGACGGGUAACGGUUAUAACGAGAACAUACUUGAUGUGAGAAGGUGUUCAUGUUGUGGUGAGCCUUUAAAACCAAAAGCUUCUCCUAAAGCUUAUACUAGAAGCUUUUCUAAUGCCCGUGCUUCAACAUUAGCAACAACUUCUUCUCCUAGAGCACACACAUGUUUCACGCCAACAGCAUGGAAAACUGAUGAUUCAAAGUAUAUGGAGCUCAGAUUUGUAUGUGAUAACGAACUAGAUAUGCCAGAGUAUGACUUUGGAUUGACUGAUGCUAAAAAAGUUAGAGAAGACAUGAAAUCAGGAAUAGUCACAUUGGUCCCUGAUUAUGAGGAAAUGGAUGAAGAGUCUUUGAAAACCCCAAAUCUUUUAAAAAGCAACAAAUUUUUUGGGAUCCCACUAACGGAAUCAGUUGCAUUAAGUCCGCGAUGGGCUAAUAAAACUCUUAAGAACGCUUCAUCAGAAAAGUCCGAUUUGUUGUCUGAAGUGAAUGAAGAAGCUCCAGGAGAUGGUGAUUCGAGUCUACAACAGCUAAAGACACAAGCCCGUGUAGACAAAAAAAAUCUUCAAAUGCUGUCAAUGGAACUCGAAGAAGAAAGAAGUGCAGCAGCUGUUGCAGCUAGCAACGCUAUGGCAAUGAUCACUCGCCUACAAGCUGAGAAGGCUGCCGUCCAAAUGGAAGCAUUACAGUAUCAGAGAAUGAUGGAAGAGCAAGCCGAGUAUGAUCAAGAAUCUAUUCAAAUACUUCAAGAUUUGGUAUCUAAGAGAGAUGAACAAGUAAGGAUUAUGGAAUCAGAACUUGAUAGCUACAAAGAGAAAUAUGGAGAAAUUAGGAAAGUAGGUGGUGAUGAAUGUGAAGUUGAUGCAGACGAAUAUUACCAGGAGGAAUGGAAGGAUGAUGAUAGCCACUCUCAAAGAUCCAUAGAAAACGAAAGGCAAGCCUUUGAGGAACCAUUGCUGGAUUUUGAAACUGAAAAAUAUCAGCUUUACAGUAUGUUAAAGAAUUUAGAAAAGCAUAUCGAGUCAUCUGCAUUGGAAGAUGAACAAGAUGAUGAAGAGGAUGAUAUAGAGAACAAAGCAACCCUUAAAAGAGAGGUGUCCGUAAUCAGGGGGAGGUUGAGAGCUUUAGAAGCAGAUAGUGGUUUUUUAAAGCGUACUGCAAUGACACUCCAGAAGGGUGAAAAGGGAGCUGAACUUCUAACGGAGAUAGCCCAACAUUUACGGAAGCUACGUCACUCAGAAGAAACAUCUGAGGAUAUUAGCACAACAGAUACCUAAAU